GAGAUGUGUUCAGAUCAUGAACGUCACAGCACCACCGCACAGAGUCACAGACACAAAACUGGACAAGCCUUGAGGAAACAUGUCGGCAAAAUAAGUUGGCUAGUUAGCUAGCUAGUGAGUGCACCGUAUGUGUAGUUUGCAUUAGCGGGGAAGGCUAGCCAUCGACCUAGCUAAUUACUUAUCUGAGUAAUACCUCCUACAACUUUUUGCCAGCGAUGUCUGAAAACGCACCAACACGAAGCCUGGACGACAUAGACCUCGCAGCGUUGAGGGAUCCAGCUGGGAUCUUUGAGCUGGUCGAGGUGGUGGGCAAUGGCACCUACGGACAGGUGUACAAGGGCCGUCAUGUGAAGACGGGCCAGCUGGCAGCCAUCAAGGUGAUGGACGUGACGGAGGAGGAGGAGGAGGAGAUCAAGGCGGAGAUCAACAUGCUGAAGAAGUACAGCCACCACCGCAACAUUGCUACGUACUACGGAGCCUUCGUCAAGAAGAGCCCCCCAGGAACAGAUGACCAGCUCUGGCUGGUGAUGGAGUUCUGUGGGGCAGGCUCUGUGACUGACCUGGUGAAGAACACCAAGGGCAACUCUCUGAAAGAGGACUGGAUCGCCUACAUCUGCAGGGAGAUUCUCAGGGGUCUGUCCCACCUCCACCAACACAAGGUCAUCCACAGAGACAUCAAAGGCCAGAACGUCCUCCUGACAGAGAAUGCAGAAGUCAAGCUGGUGGACUUUGGCGUCAGUGCCCAGCUGGAUCGGACGGUGGGCCGCAGGAACACCUUCAUCGGGACGCCGUACUGGAUGGCCCCUGAGGUGAUCGCCUGUGACGAGAACCCAGACUCCACCUACGACUACCGGAGUGAUAUCUGGUCCUUGGGGAUCACCGCUAUAGAGAUGGCAGAAGGAGCCCCACCUCUGUGUGACAUGCACCCCAUGAGAGCCCUGUUCCUGAUCCCCAGGAACCCUCCUCCUAAACUCAAGUCCAAGAAGUGGUCUAAGAAGUUCAUAGACUUCAUCGAGGGCAGCCUGGUGAAGACUUACACCAGCAGACCGUCCACUGAGCAGCUUCUGAAGCACUCGUUCAUCCGAGACCAGCCCACCGAGAGGCAAGUCCGCAUCCAGCUGAAGGACCACAUCGACCGCACGCGCAAGAAGAGGGGAGAGAAAGAGGAAACAGAGUACGAGUACAGCGGCAGUGACGAGGACGAGGAAAACCAUGGAGAUGAGCGCGAGUCCAGCAGCUCCAUCCUGAACGUGCCGGGUGAGUCGACGCUGAGGCGGGACUUCCUGCGCCUGCAGCAGGAGAAGAACAAGGAGCGGACGGAGGCCCUGAAGAGGCAGCAGGCCCAGCUGGGGGCGCAGCACCGCGACCCCGAGGAGCACAAGAGGCAGCUGCUGCACGACCGGCAGAAACGCAUCGAGGAGCAGAAGGAACAACGCCGCCGGCUGGAGGAGCAACAACGAAAGGAGAGGGAGAUGGUGCGCCUGCAGGAGAAGGGCCCCCACCGUCGCCUUGACGACAUGAGGCGGGAGGACGACAGGAGGCUGGCCGAGAGGGAGCAGGAGUUCAUAAGGCAUAAGUUAGAGGAGGAGCAACGACAGUUAGAAAUCCUGCAGCAGCAGCUAUUACAGGAGCAAGCUCUGCUCAUGGAGUACAAGCGUAAGCAGCUUGAGGAGCAGAGGCAGUCUGAGCGUCUUCAGAGACAGCUUCAGCAGGAACAUGCCUACCUGGUCUCUCUGCAGCAGCAGCAGGACAAGAAACCUCAGAUGUACCAUUACAGCAAGAACAUGGAGCCUAGCAACAAGCCCGCCUGGGCCCGUGAGGUGGAGGAGCGCAGUAAGCUGAACCGUCAGGGCUCUCCUAAGAUCUGCACCACCGUGUCCGACACCGCCCUCCAGUCACGCUCCGACGCCAGCCAAUCAGGGAGCGGCCUGGCAGCUCAGACCCCGCCCAUGCAGCGGCCUGUUGAACCCCAGGGGGGGCAGGGCAAGUUCCAGAUGGCUCACCUGGUUCCUCUAAAGCCCUAUGCAGCCCCGGUCCCCCGCUCUCAGUCUCUGUGUGACCAGCCCACUAAGACCAUGUCCGCCUUCCCCACCCAGGACCCCGCCCCCACCCCCACGCCCCGCCCACUCCACUCCAGGGAGCUGGUGCGCCAGAACUCUGACCCCACCUCCGAGAGCCCCGCCCCCCUCACUCGACCAAUGAGGGACGAGCGCGGCCCCUGGAUACGCCUGCCGGAGGAGCAGCCACCCAAGAUCCCUCAGAGGACGGCAUCCAUCGCCACCGCCCUCAACACCAACCUCUCCUCCGGCAUCAGACACCCAGUCAGAGCCAGCAACCCAGACCUGAGCCGCAACGAGCGCUGGGAGAGAGCAGACAUGAGCAUCGUGUCCAACCUGCCUCAGACAGGCUCUCUGGAGAGACACCGCAUACUCAGCUCCUCCAAGAUGGACUCCCCCAUCCUGACCCACGCUGGCCGUCACAAGCCCGGAGAGUCGCGGACAUCGUCCCGGCCCAGCCGCCCCGCCGACCACGGCAUGUACUCCAAGGAGCGUCCUGAGGAGCCUCCUCGACCUCCUCUGAAGGCCAACGACUACUCCUCCUCGUCAGACAGCAGCGAGAGCAGCGAGGAGAGCGAGAGCGGGGAGGGGGUGGAGGAGGAGGAGAGCCCCACCGACCGCCCUCGGGACACGGACUCGGACUCUGUCAACACCAUGGUGGUGCACGAGGAGGAGGGGGAGGGUGGGGAGGGGGAUCAGGCUGGAGGCUACGGGGACCAGACCAUGCUGGUGCAGAGGACACCAGAGAAGAGAAGCCACAACGGCUACACCAACCUGCCUGACGUGGUGCAGCCCUCCCACUCCCCCACUGACUCUGCCUCCCACUCGUCCCCCGGGAAAGACUCUGUCUACGAUUACCAGUCCAGGGGUCUGGUCAAGGCUUCAGGCAAGUCUUCCUUCACCACCUUCGUGGACCUGGGCAUGUACCAGCCAGCAGGGGGCGCUGCAGACUCCAUCUCUGUCGGCAGUCUGGGUUCCAGGUUUGAGCAGCUGAAGAUGGAGGUGAGGAAGGGUUCCAUGGUGAACGUGAACCCCACCAACACGCGCCCCCACAGCGACACCCCCGAGAUCCGCAAGUACAAGAAGAGGUUCAACUCUGAGAUCCUGUGUGCCGCUCUCUGGGGUGUGAACCUUCUGGUGGGAACAGAGAACGGCCUGAAGCUUCUGGAUCGUAGCGGUCAGGGGAAGGUCUACCCCCUCAUCAACUCACGCAGGUUCCAGCAGAUGGACGUUCUAGAAGGACUCAACCUGCUCAUCACCAUAUCAGGUAAGAAGAACAAGGUGCGUGUGUACUACCUGGCCUGGCUGAGGAACAAGAUCCUGCACAACGACCCAGAGGUGGAGAAAAAGCAGGGCUGGACCACCGUGGGGGAGAUGGAAGGCUGUGUGCACUACAAAGUUGUGAAAUACGAGAGGAUCAAGUUCCUGGUGAUCGCCAUGAAGAACGCAGUGGAGGUCUACGCCUGGGCCCCCAAACCCUAUCACAAAUUCAUGGCUUUCAAGUCUUUUGGAGACCUCCCUCACAGACCCCAGCUGGUUGACCUGACCGUGGAGGAGGGCCAGAGGUUAAAGGUCAUCUACGGCUCGUGCGCUGGGUUCCACGCCAUCGAUGUGGACUCUGGGAACAACUACGACAUCUACAUCCCUGUGCAUAUCCAGAGCCAGGUGAUGCCCCAUGCCAUUGUCUUCCUGCCCAGCUCUGAUGGGAUGGAGAUGUUGCUAUGCUACGAGGACGAGGGGGUGUACGUCAACACAUACGGACGCAUCAUCAAGGACGUGGUGCUGCAGUGGGGCGAGAUGCCCACCUCCGUGGCUCACAUCUGCUCCAACCAGAUCAUGGGCUGGGGGGAGAAGGCCAUAGAGAUUCGCUCUGUGGAGACAGGACAUCUGGAUGGGGUUUUCAUGCACAAGAGGGCCCAGAGACUCAAGUUCCUGUGUGAGAGGAACGAUAAGGUGUUCUUUGCCUCUGUGCGUUCUGGAGGAAGCAGUCAGGUGUACUUCAUGACCCUGAACAGGAACUGCAUCAUGAACUGGUGAAGCUGCUGAUCUGGACGAGAGUGGAUGAACUCCACCCAUCUCCUCACACACACACACACACACUCACACUCCUACAGAAAAUCCAUUCCUGCCUAAUCUCCAGAGAGAGAUCAUCACCCCUGGAAUAGAACAAUCCCCACCUUCAUCAUCCUCCUCAUCUCUGUACUGUAUAGAUAUACUCUGUAUUACUGUACCUCAUUGGUGGACCUGUGAUUAGUCUAUUAACUAACAUAUUACGGGGUUAUGUUUGAACAUUCCUGAUUGGCUAUACAUUAAGAAGGAGGCGGGACUAACAUCUCCAUGUUUAGGUUGAGCGGUUUUCAUGGUCGGGUUUGUGUGACUGGUGGACCUGGGUGUAACCUCUCAUCUUGGUGCUGCCUUAGCUGAAUGCUGAUUAUCCUAGAUUUAGCUGUACCGCCCCCUAGAGGCCGUAAGAGGUAUUGCGUCAGGCCAAACAUCCCAACUCUCUCUGCCAUAAUUCUGAAAAUCAGUUGUGGGGGGGAAAUUAACGUUUUAUCCUUUUUAUUUUACAUUUUUUUACUUUAAUUUAAAACUUUAUAAAAUGAUCUGGCCAUGAUGUUUCCAGAAAAAGCUGUUAUGUUGACACACUUUGUGGUUUAACUCAACCACAACACAACAUUAUUGGAGCUCCUCACCCCUAAGAGAUGACUGAUCUGACUUAACAUGUUUUAACUUUUUACCCUGGUGUCUCAUUCAUACGUACAAACAUCACAUCUUAAAACCGAUUUUUUAUUAUCAGUGCUGUUUCUGUAUUUGGUAUUAGCCUUCCUCUAUUCUUACUUUCACUCUCUACUACUUGGAGAUUGCUGUUAUAUUGCAAUAUGCUGUUUUUGUGCUGUUCUUGUUUGGGAAGAGGAGCUUGGGGUUAGUUUUGUUGGUAAACUGUGAUCGAGGGAGGGAGGGAGGGAGCGAGCGAGCGAGGGAGGGAGGGGUGGGCGGGGUCUUGGUGGGGUGGGCGGAGGACGUGUGAGCUGUUUCUACACCGAGCGAUGUGGAACAUCUCGACUAGAGGGAUAGACAGGAAAUAAACAAAGUUCAGCAGCCAGCUGCUGGUCCUGACGGGCUGAGACCAGCAUUCUCAUGUCCUGUUAGACAUCGAAACUAUCUUCAGUUUAUACGCUUUUUAUCUAUGUUCACAGUUUGUGAUUCAGGCGUUCGCUUGAGCAAGAGAGAAAAACGCUUGUAAAUGUGCAGUUUGAUUGGGUUCCGAACUAUUAGAUGUAACUAGCAAUAGUUGUUGUUGUUCACCCAGGGCAGAGGCUUGGAGGGUCAGGGAUCAACUGUUGAAGGACUUCAGCUGGAACAGGUUCUUCAGAUAUCAGCCAUAUGUGCUCCCAACCAAAGUUAGACACGUGAUUUCCCAGUUGGGCUGGACGCGCCAGGGAGGACAGAGUACAGUGGAGGCUUUGGCAGGUGUGGGGUAACUUGAAACAAAAAUAAGAUAGAAAAUACAACCACACGUACGUGGACUACAGAGGCUCUUGACUGACAGAUGGCAGGCUGGUGAGGGGUAGACGGGAGGGGGGGUGAAGGC